AUGGCAAGACCCCGUAUUCGACGGUUCCUUAUGUCAAUCCUUCAAGGCACCAGCUGCGACGACGCCAUCAAGCAUUUAGUUUAUUCGCUUCGUGAAGCACUCAAAAUUUGUCCUCAUCUAUGUCUUUUCCACUGCAUGAUCUAUCCCACAGCUGGGCCCCUAGCAAGUAGACGAAGAUGGUGUACGGCGGGAAGCCAAUGCGAUGAAGGCCGUCCGGGAUGCCGGAACUGCGGCAUAUACGGCAAGCCAUGUCCGGGCUACCGAUCGGAUGGGAUCUUCAGAAAUGAAACGCACAAAGUGCAACAACUGAUGAAUGACAAGGCCAAAGCCUGCUCUUCCUCAUCAAGUAGAACGCAAACGCAGCCCAGCAGCCAUGAUGUAUCAGGCGGCGGCAAGGAUCUCCAAAAGACGACAUUGUCCGCUUAUCAGAUCAGCGAUGCCACGUGGGAAGAAAGAGCCAUUUGCUAUUUCUUCGAUCAGUUUACCAUUGUCGAAUGUAAUGCAUUCGGCGGCAUGGGACAUCUGGGGUUCCUCCCGUCUUUGUAUGCCGAUUGUCGAGAUCAGAAUGUGGGUAACCCCGCAUCGAUGUCUUUACGGUUAGCUGUCGAUGCGACGGCCCUAAUGGCCCUGAGUAACAGGGUUAAUGUGCCGGGUGUUGUGACUCAGGCGAGAUAUCGCUUCGGGUUGGCGCUGCGGCGUCUGCAGGAGGCGCUGGAUCUGCCGCUUGAGGCGGCGAAAGAUGAGACGUUUGCGACGUUGGUUAUUCUAUCUCUAUUUGAGGAUAUCUCGGGGGAUCGGCAUGGGCUUACUAGUGCGCAUACGGUGGGCUUUGAAGCGCUUACGAGACUGAGGGGGGAGAGUCAGCUUGGACAUGCAGCGGGACUGGAUAUGUUCAAGUAUGCGUAUGUUCGUAUG